CAUACUCUCUCUCUCUAGAAACAUAACUUUGCCUUCUUUGCGGAGAAAGAGAGAGAAGGCAAAGUCUCUGGCUUUUCUCUCAAUUCUGAGUGAAAGUUGAGAGCUUUCUUUCUUCUGGUAACUUCAAUGGUCCUCAAUCAAACAGGACCCACAGAUGCAAACACCUUACAUACCGUGAGAAUCUAUUUCUUUUGAAAAGACAACUUCUUCUUCUUCUUCUGUUGUCUCUUGUUUAUCCUCCACAUAAUAUAAUACUUUAGCUAAUCUCUGUUUUAAAAAAGGAAGAAAAGUUUUAAUUGAUCUUCUCCUUUUACUGUUCACUCCCAUCUCUUUUUUCUCAAUCUGGCAAGAAGUAGCAGCUCUUACGACAUUCCCUCUUUAAGCACUUUCCUGUCUUCUUGAAAAAUCUGUUUGUAUUUGUGAAAAGUUUCACACUUUUAUUGUUUUGCUUGUAAAGAUCUGAGCUUUAUGAGUUAAAAAAAAUGGCGGCAAGAGUAGAAGCAGCAACAAUGGGUGGUGGUGAGAUUGAUGAAGAGAGUGAUGAGAGAGGUAGCAUGUGGGAUUUGGACCAGAAGCUUGAUCAAUCUAUGGAUGAAGAAGCUGGUCGGCUUAGGAACAUGUACAAAGAAAAGAAAUUCUCUGCUCUUCUGCUUCUGCAGCUUUCGUUUCAGAGCCUUGGUGUUGUGUAUGGAGACUUAGGGACUUCUCCUCUCUAUGUUUUCUACAAUACAUUCCCUCAUGGGAUCAAAGAUCCUGAAGAUAUCAUUGGAGCUCUAUCUCUCAUUAUCUAUUCACUCACACUCAUCCCUCUCCUCAAAUACGUUUUCGUUGUAUGUAAAGCCAAUGACAAUGGUCAAGGUGGAACCUUUGCUCUCUAUUCAUUACUAUGUAGACACGCCAAGGUGAAAACAAUCAGGAACCAGCACCGUACUGAUGAAGAGCUUACUACUUACAGCCGGUCUACCUUUCAUGAGCAUUCCUUUGCUGCCAAAACCAAAAGGUGGUUAGAAGACAGGACUUCUAGGAAAACAGCUCUUCUUGUUUUGGUUCUUGUUGGUACUUGUAUGGUCAUUGGUGAUGGUAUCCUUACUCCUGCCAUUUCUGUUCUGUCAGCUGCAGGUGGGCUAAGAGUAAACCUUCCUCAUAUAAGCAAUGGUGUUGUUGUUCUUGUUGCGGUUGUGAUACUAGUCAGCUUGUUCAGUGUACAGCAUUACGGAACAGACCGUGUUGGUUGGCUUUUCGCUCCCAUUGUCUUUCUCUGGUUUCUCUCCAUCGCAAGUAUCGGUAUGUACAACAUCUGGAAACAUGAUACCACCGUCUUGAAAGCUUUCUCCCCUGUGUAUAUCUACCGUUAUUUCAAAAGAGGAGGUAUAGAUCGCUGGACAUCCCUUGGAGGCAUCAUGCUUAGUAUAACAGGGAUUGAAGCACUCUUCGCUGACCUAUCUCACUUUCCUGUUUCCGCUGUUCAAAUCGCUUUCACUGCCAUUGUCUUUCCUUGCCUUCUCUUGGCUUAUAGUGGACAAGCUGCCUACAUUAGAAACCACCCUCAUCACGUGGCUGAUGCGUUUUACCGUUCCAUUCCAGGAAGUGUGUAUUGGCCAAUGUUCAUUAUUGCAACUGCUGCAGCCAUUGUUGCAAGCCAAGCCACGAUCUCAGCCACGUUCUCUUUGAUCAAGCAAGCUCUAGCACACGGUUGUUUCCCUAGGGUUAAAGUAGUCCACACUUCUAGAAAGUUUCUUGGUCAGAUCUACGUUCCGGACAUCAACUGGAUCUUGAUGAUCCUCUGCAUCGCCGUCACGGCUGGAUUCAAGAACCAGAGUCAGAUAGGUAACGCUUACGGAACAGCAGUUGUGAUCGUCAUGCUUGUCACAACUCUGCUUAUGACAUUGAUCAUGAUCCUAGUGUGGCGUUGCCAUUGGGUUCUUGUUCUUGUGUUCACCGUCCUCUCGCUUGUGGUUGAAUGCACUUACUUCUCAGCCAUGCUAUUCAAAGUGGACCAAGGAGGUUGGGUUCCGCUUGUUAUCGCUGCAGCGUUUCUCCUCAUCAUGUCGGUAUGGCAUUACGGAACUUUGAAGAGGUAUGAGUUUGAGAUGCAUAGUAGAGUCUCAAUGGCUUGGAUUCUUGGACUUGGGCCUAGCCUUGGGCUUGUUCGUGUUCCUGGUGUUGGGCUUGUCUACACUGAGCUAGCUAGUGGAGUCCCUCACAUCUUCUCUCACUUCAUUACAAACCUACCGGCUAUUCACUCUGUUGUGGUGUUUGUAUGCGUCAAGAACCUUCCGGUUUACACUGUUCCCGAGGAAGAACGGUUCCUUGUUAAAAGGAUUGGUCCUAAAAACUUCCACAUGUUCCGUUGCGUUGCAAGGUAUGGAUAUGGAGACUUGCACAAGAAAGACGAUGACUUCGAAAAACGUCUCUUCGAGAGCCUCUUCUUGUUCAUACGACUUGAGUCCAUGAUGGAAGGAGGCUGUUCUGAUUCAGAUGACUACAGCAUAUGUGGAAGCCAGAAUCAUUUCAAAGAAAAGAACGAGAAUGUUGCAACCUUUGAUACGUUUGACUCUAUAGAGUCCAUAACGCCGGUGAAACGGGUGAGCCACACGGUGACGGCGUCGAGCCAGAUGAGCGGUGGAGUGGAUGAGCUGGAGUUUAUAAAUAGGUGUAGAGAUGCGGGAGUGGUGCAUAUAAUGGGGAACACGGUGGUUAGAGCGAGGAGGCAAGCGAGGUUCUACAAGAAGAUAGCUAUUGAUUAUGUGUAUGCGUUUUUGAGGAAGAUUUGUAGAGAACAUAGUGUUAUCUUCAAUGUUCCUCAGGAGAGCCUUCUGAAUGUUGGUCAGAUCUUCUAUGUAUAAGAUAUGAGAUAUGUGUAUGCACUAAUGCACGGAUGAUAUUGCAUGUGUUGUAUGUAUAUCCCUUUUUGAAUGUAAUGUUGUCUAUCAUGUUGUAUAUGGAGAGUAAGAUUAUACAA